UACAACAAUCUCGUUUUGGCAAGCUAAGAAGAAUGAAGUUCGCAAUCACUUUGCUACUGCUCUCGAUCUGCGCUCUGGCCGUUGUCUCCGGCCAUGACAAGCCUCCAUAUCUACCACGUCCAACGUUCCGUCCGUACUCCCGAGCUGUGAGAGAAGCUGAUCCUGGACACGACAAGCCACCAUAUCUACCACGCCCGACGUUCCGCCCUGUUGCUCGAGUAGUUCGUGAAGCGGAUCCCGGACACGAUAAGCCCCCAUAUCUUCCACGCCCGACGUUCCGCCCUGUUGCCCGAGUAGUUCGCGAAGCUGAUCCUGGACACGACAAGCCACCAUAUCUUCCUCGUCCUACCUUCAGGCCAGUUCGAGUAGUUCGUGAAGCGGAUCCUGGACACGAUAAGCCACCAUAUCUUCCUCGCCCCACUUUCCGGCCUGUUUCGUAAGGUGUUACCAGAACCUAACUCAACAUCGAUUUACUACAUAAAUAUUUAAUGUUGGAUCUGGGCAAUUAUAAAUAUUACGAAUAUUUAGGAAUAUUUAAAUUUAAAAGGAAAUAAAGAACAUCAAUAUUUAAAAUCAAAAGUAAAAUUGCUAACUCAAAAACACGAAGAGAGUAAUGACCACCUCAAGGUUUAAUGCAAAUAAAUAUCAGCUGCACUAAUUUCAAA